UCGAUAUAAAAGAAUAUUUAUUGAAUGCAAUGUUGCAAAACAAAGAGUUUUUAUCGGUUAAAAAACAUUUGUCAAAGUUCAAGCACGAGAAUCCGUAGUAAAUAUCAGUGCGGAUCCCUUUUAUUUUAAUCUCGGCAUGAAUUCAUUCAUGAUAGUCCAUAUAAAUUAGAAAUGCAUCAAGUUGCCUGUGCCUUUGUGUUGUAUAUUUUGUUUUAUUCGAAUGUCAGUGCAAUUAACGAAAACGAUGGAGACAACUUGAUAAGAAAACAUGGAGGAUUCUUCUUUAGCAUGCCAAAAACUCUUUCAGCUGGCAAAAAUGAAACUGUAUGUUUAUCUUUGCAUCAUAUAAAUACACCAUCAAGAGUUUUAGUUGAUCUAAAAUUGAAAGGACAUCAUUUUCUGACCGAAAGAAAUUUAGGAACAGAACACACAUGUUUUAACAUGCACGUUCCAGACUUUGAUUUAAUUGAACCACAAUACGUCAGUAUCAAAAUCCAGGUUCUUGACGGUAAUCAGGUACAAUCAGCUCACAAUCAGGAUCCUAUCCUGAUGUACCCCAAGGAAAGUUGUAAAAUAUUUCUUGAAACUGACAGGGCAAUGUACAAACCUGGCGAUUUGGUUAAAAUAAGAGUGUUGUGUUUGAAUGAGAGAUUUUUACCCGGUAAUUCCCAGAUAUCCGAAAUCAAGAUAAGAAAUCCCAUGGAUGUUGGUGUUUUUGUCUGGAAUAAUAUAUCUCUAGACCACGGAUUGGUCAACUUGGAAUAUCCUCUGGUUGAAGAAGCGUUAAUAGGAAAAUGGAAAAUAGAGGUGGAUAAAUUAAUGAAAACCUUCGAAGUUGCCAAAUAUGUAGUGCCAAGGUUCAAAAUCGACCUGAUCCAUCCCAAAUCCGUAUUUUACAAAACAAAUUCGAUAAAUAUUACCGUUUGCGCUAAAUAUUCUUACAACAAACCAGUUGCGGGUACUGCUUUUGUAAAAAUCCACGAUUCUGUGAACCAUAUGAAAGUGUUAAAUAUUUUGCAAGAGAUGGACAAUGGAUGUGCCUACUUCGAUAUCAGUAAAUACGAACUAAACUUGAGCGAUAUAAGUAAAAAAUUCUCUUUGGCGGACCCUAGAAUUUUUCUUCAUAUUACGGCCACAGUUACUGAGCAAGGAACAACAAAAAUGGACAUUGUUACCGGAAAAUCGGAAAUCCAUGUAAAGGGCUAUACUCUGAAAAUCCAAAGCAGCCCUAUAUUCAUCCCUGGAGUACCUUACGAAGGGCAAAUGAAACUGAUCAACGCAAUCACUGAUAUCAGUGGCGAAGUGAUCCAACUUUGCUACAAUCUAGCAAUAAAGAAAAGUUGGAACUACUUUAAGAAUGAAGAAUGUAGGAACUACACUGUUCCAGAAGAUGGGAUUAUUCCUUUUAAAUUAUGGCCACUAAAAAAUAGUGUUCUUCAUAUACAUUUAGAUGCAAAUUCUAUCAACAACACUAACAUCGAGGACAGUUUUCUAGCUGUUAGACUCUACAGUCCCACUUCUAGUUACAUUUACAUUGAAAGGGACACGAAUAUCAACAAAACUUGCGAUACACCGUUUCAGUAUAAAAUUUUAUAUACCACUGACCAUUUCAAAGAAGGAGAAAAUAUUACUUUUUAUUAUAUGGUAAAAAUAAAUUCAGAAAUAAAUAAAUUAAAGAAAAUAAAACACACUGUCAGAAAGCACAAUGCAAUAAGCUCAGAAGAUAGUAAAAGUUUUUUAGGAAAUGAACACAGAUUUGUCAAGUUUGGAUCGAGUGUAGAUCAGUUUGUUAUAAAAAUAAAAAUGGAGAAAAUUGUUUACAAAUUCCAAAUUUUGGUGUAUUAUAUUACUAAAGAUGGCGAAACAGUAGCAGCUAGUAGAACACAAGAAGUAAAACCCUGUUCUUACAAGGUAGAUGCUUAUUGGAACGAAAAUCAGCUAGUUCCGGGCAAAUCAGCUACUCUAACUAUAAAGUCAGACAAACAGGCUCUGUGCGCUGUUACAGCUACAGAUAAAGCUACUAAAUUCAUAUCUUCCAGCCAAUCACAAAAUCUCAAUUGGGAUAACGUCAUUAAAACGAUGUCUCACCAUAAAGAUGGCGCUAGAUCUUCUAGGACAAGCUGUAUAUCGAAUAAUAAAAAAAUACUAGCAUUACAUCAUUCUGCCAAUUCAACCUCUAUGAGGAAUAAAAGACAUGUUUUUACAUUCUCAGAGGAUUAUGAUUCUUACGAUGUUUUGAAUAAAUUUGGAGUGAUUACUAUAUCCAAUUUGAAGAUAGUCACAAAGCCUUGUUACAGCGGUCCCUUGUUUACCGACGCCAAUGAAGCCGAAUUCAUGACUGAUCAGUACAAUAAUGACAUCGAUGAAACGUCAGAAGUGACAGUUCGCACAUAUUUUCCCGAAAAUUGGUUGUGGGAGUUUGUUCCAGUGGAAAAUUCUACACAAAUACAUCGAGACCUACCACAUUCUAUAACGACCUGGACAACCAACGUUUAUUGUAUUUCGUCAAAAGAUGGCGUGUCGUUCGCUCCCCAGACAGAAGUGAUCAGUAUCCAACCGUUUUUCAUUCAAGUCAUCACACCGUACUCCAUUAAAAAAGACGAAAAUUUCUACUUGCCCAUCAAUGUUUUCAAUUAUCUCAACUACUCCUUCCCCAUUAGGGUUUCUAUAAGACUGACGGGCAAUCUUCAACUGACCAAUCCACAUUCGUUUCUGAGUACUUCCUACUGUCUCAAGGAAAGCAGUACCUUAACUCAUAACUACCAGAUAUCCGGUACAGAAGUUGGUAUAGCUCACGUGACUGUCUCCGUUGAAACGGAUAAUCAGUAUGCGUUACCAUGUGGUCCAGAUACUAUAGUUUCAAAAAGGUAG